AUGGUAGAUGUUAAGGGGAGCAUCGGAUUGCCGAUAGCAGAAGAGCGUAUACGGGAUGCAGUUGCAAGACAAAUACAACAGUUUGGGAUGGAUAAACUGACAAGUCGAAUAAUUCGAGAAAAACUGAAGGAAACAUUCGAUGUGGACUUUACAGACCAUAAAGCUGCAAUCGAUAAAAUCACAAUGGAUAUAAUUGAAAGAAAUAGUGCCGAGAAACAGAAGGCAGAAACAAAUAACAAAUCGGAUUCAGAAUCAGAUGAUGCAGUUGUUUUUACAGACCGCGCACCAAGAAAGAAAGUUAAGGAAACGAGGAAGCGGAAGUCUUCAGAUUCAGAAGCAGAAUUACUGGAAGUUGGUCAAAAGAGGCGAAGAGCAGCGGUAACAAGACAAACUACUAAGAAAAGGAACAAAGGAAAUAUUGAAGGUGGAUCAAAGCCUCGCAAAAAGAAGGGUCCAUAUAAUGUUUAUUGCGCAUUGACAGAGGAUCUUGCUGCAGUAUGUGGUAAGCGAUACAUGCGACGCUGUGAUGUGAUUAAAGCAAUGUGGGCAUAUUUUCGGAGCAAUAAUUUACUUGAUCCAAAAGAUAAACGUUAUGUGUUGCCCGAUGAACCUCUUAUGAAGAUUUUCAAGAAACGUUUUCUUGCUUUCGGCUUAAUGAAGGAUCUCGCUGCUCAUAUUAUCGAGCCAAAGUUUUUGGAUGAGGAAGAACGGGCUGCUUUGGAAAAAUUUGAAGCGGAAGAAGAAGCACGAUUGGAAGCUGAGAGUAGUAAUAAUAAUGGUAAUGGUGAUGAUGGAAAUAUAAAGCAGGAUGAUGAUAGUACGAAGAAGAAGGAUAUCGUUGGAGUAAAUAAUGAUGAAGAUGACGAGAAUGAUGAUGAUGGUGAAAAUGAAAGCAGUUGA